AUGGCAGUGUGGUGGCCGAGCAUCAGUGCCGAAAUUAAACAGACAGUGUCAUCGUGCAAAUUCUGUGUUGAAAACAAACCUACCCAGAGGCGUGAACCUCUCCUGACCACGCCCCUGCCCGAGGGCCCCUGGCAGCGCAUGGCUACAGAUCUGUGUGAGUUUGAGGGACAGAAUUAUCUCAUCGUGACAGACUAUUAUUCCAGAGACAUUGAAAUAGCACGCCUGCCUUCUAUAUCCAGCCGUGAUGGCAUCUGUCGACUUAAGGGCAUAUUUGUGAGGUGGGGAAUACCACUGGAACUGGUCAGUGACAAUGCAACUCAGUUUUCAUCUGCUGAGUUCCAGGCCUUCUGUCGUGAGUAUGGAUUUGUGCACACGACCUCUAGCCCCCAUUAUCCCCAGGCGAACGGGGCUGCCGAACGAGCAGUUCAGACUGCUAAAAACAUCCUGAAGCAGCCUGACCCACAUCUCGCCCUGUUGUGCUACAGAGCAACCCCAAGUGCUGCCACAGGUGUGAGCCCUGCGUUGCUUAUGACUGGAAGAAAGAUUAGAACUACACUUCCAAUGCUGGAGGACAAAUUGCAAGUUACUCUGGUGGACAGGCAACAGGUUCAGCAGAAGGACGACCAGACAAAGACAGCUUAUCGUUUUUUUCAUGACCGCCGUCACUCUGCACAACCCCUUCCCACACUACAACCUGGACAGGAUGUCAGAAUAAAACUGGACGGGGAAAAAGGUUGGAAAACCCCAGCUAGAGUCAUCACCAAAUGCCACGAGCCACGAUCCUAUUUGGUGGAGACAGAGAAUGGAGCUGUGCUGCGACAGAAUCGGAGACAUCUGCAAGCCGUCCCACAGUCCACUGAUCAAUCGGAUCAGCUGCAUUCACCCAGUUCCCCAGUGGAACUGACCAGAAGCCCUGCUCAGAGACAGUCGAGCCCGGUGGUGGAGGGUUCCACUCCAUGUAAGGGCUCACAAGUUACAUCCCGGGGUAGAGUACUGGUAUACUGGGCCAGUCAGCAGCAGGAUCAGGAUGAGAAGAUGGCUGGCUGUGUGUUUCCAAUGGGACCAGAGAGCUUUCAGCGCUUCACGCCGGACUCCCUGGCGGCCAUCGAGCAGCGCAUUGCCCAGGAGGAGGCCCGACGCAACAAGCAGUACCAGGAGGACCUGGGCGAUGUGGAGCUCCCCCAGCCCCGGCCUGAUCUGGAGGCAGGAAAACAGCUGCCGCGCAUCUUCGCUGACAUCCCAUCUCAUCUGGUGGGCGUUCCCCUGGAAGACAUCGACCCAUACUACUUCAAAGACAAGAGGACCUUCAUAGUCCUGAACAAAGGGAAGGCCAUCUUCCGUUUCAGUGCCACAUCUGCCCUCUACAUCUUCAGCCCUUUUCACCCCAUCCGGAGACUCGCCAUCAGGAUCCUUGUGCACUCAUUAUUUAGCUUGUUCAUUAUGUGCACCAUCCUGACCAACUGUUGCUUCAUGGCCAUGUCCGAGCCGGCGUACUGGGCCAAAUACCUGGAGUAUACCUUCACAGGUAUCUACACGUUUGAAUCUCUCAUUAAGAUCCUGGCGAGAGGUUUCUGUGUGGGGCCCUUCACCUUCCUGAGGGACCCAUGGAACUGGCUCGACUUCAGCGUCAUUGUCAUGGCAUAUGUGACUGAAUUUGUGGACCUGGGUAAUGUGUCAGCCUUAAGGACGUUCAGGGUGCUGCGAGCGCUCAAAACCAUCUCUGUCAUCCCAGGCCUGAAGACCAUCGUUGGUGCUCUGAUCCAGUCGGUGAAGAAGCUCGCUGAUGUGAUGAUCCUCACGGUCUUCUGCCUCAGUGUCUUCGCACUCAUUGGCCUGCAGCUCUUCAUGGGAAACCUGCGGCAGAAGUGCGUCAGGAGCGUAGCACACUGCUUCAAUGACAGCUUGCCAACCAACACCUCCUUCUACUGCAACAACAAGACCUGGGCCUCCAUCAAAGACUUCACUGAAAAUGAAGACAACCUCUACAAGGUGGAGGGAGCCAAGGAUGCCUUAAUCUGUGGGAACAGCAGUGACGCAGGAAAGUGUCCAGAUGGGUUUGUGUGUCUGAAGGCAGGAAGAAACCCCAACUACGGCUACACCAGCUUCGACACCUUUGGGUGGGCCUUCCUGUCCUUGUUUCGUCUCAUGACACAAGACUACUGGGAGAACCUCUACCACCAGACACUGCGGUCAGCCGGUAAGACCUACAUGGUGUUUUUCGUGGUGGUGAUUUUCCUGGGCUCCUUCUACCUGAUCAACCUCAUCUUGGCUGUGGUCGCCAUGGCAUACGAGGAGCAGAACCAGGCCACCAUAGCUGAGGCCUGCCAGAAAGAGCGGGAGUUCCAGCAGGCCAUGGAGAGGCUGAAAGAGCAGCAGGUAUCUGAUAAGCUGAUGCUUGGGGUUGCCACCCAGAAAGCUAUGGACUCUGACUCGCUGAUGUCACCAGACCUUUCUCCUUUUGGUCCACCAACGGACAGCUUUGAGGAGCGGAGGCGGAGCCAUGCUCUGAUGGGCGUGGGUGAUGUGGAAGCAAACCUGUCUGAGGAAAAGCUACUGCAGGUGGACUUGACUGAUGGUGGAAAGCCCCUCCACCCACUCCUCGCCCGCUCGUUCUCCACAAGGACGCGGAGAAGCAGUCAGGUCUCCUCAAUCUUCAACUUCCGUCUGAGGAGCCGGGGGUCCGAGGGAGAGAUGGCCGACGACGAAUACAGCGUUCCAGGUGAUGUGGUAGAGGGUGCCGGAAGUCGAACUUACAGUGGAGGAACCUUCAGCGGCAUCCUGCCCCAACCAUGGCCCAAACGGAGGCCGAGCACUUUCAGCACCACCAGCAGGAGCUCCCAGGUUUUUUAUCCAACUCUAAACGUCAAUGGGAAGCUGUUUGUUGCCAUGGACCAGAAUGGGGUUUCCCCACCACCACUGCAGGGGCAGCUGCCUGCUUGCACCAUGGAGAAGGUCAAGGAGGAGAGUGUUCCCACAUCCACCACAGAACUCAGCACGAUGCUGCUACCUCGGCCUUCGUCUACACAGGACUCAGAGCGCAGGGGCAGGGCAAUGAGUGCUGCCAGCUACCUUACUGACGUCAUGGAAGAACUCGAGGAGUCCCAUAAGAAGUGUCACCCAUGCUGGUACGCUUUUGCCGACCAUUACCUGAUUUGGGAGUGCUGCCCCUUGUGGCUUAAGGUGAAACAGCUGGUGAAGAUCAUGGUGAUGGACCCCUUCCUAGACCUGGCCAUCACUGUGUGCAUCGUCCUCAACACAUUGUUCAUGGCCAUGGAGCACUACCCCAUGACCGAUGAGUUCAACGGCAUGCUCACCAUCGGAAACCUGGUCUUCUCUGGGAUCUUCACAGCAGAGAUGGUGUUGAAGAUCAUCGCUCUGGAUCCGUACUACUACUUCCAGACGGGUUGGAACAUCUUCGACAGCAUCAUUGUCUGCCUCAGCCUCAUGGAGCUCGGCCUGUCCGACGUCGAGGGGCUCAGCGUGCUGCGCUCCUUCAGACUGCUCAGAGUUUUCAAGCUUGCUCGCUCAUGGCCAACUCUCAACACGCUGAUAAAGAUCAUCGGGAACUCUAUGGGCGCUCUAGGCAACCUGACGCUCGUCCUCGCCAUCAUCGUCUUCAUCUUUGCUGUAGUCGGCAUGCAGCUGUUUGGAAAAAACUACCAGGACUGUGUGUGUAAGAUCUCAAAGGACUGCACUCUCCCUCGCUGGCACAUGAAGGACUUCUUCCACUCGUUCCUCAUCGUCUUCAGGGUGCUGUGUGGCGAAUGGAUAGAAACCAUGUGGGACUGCAUGGAGGUUGCAGGGCAGCCGCUUUGCAUCCUCGUCUUUAUGCUGGUCAUGGUCAUCGGAAACCUGGUGCUGCUGAACCUCUUCUUGGCUCUGCUCCUCAGCAGUUUCAGCUCUGAUAACCUGUCAGCUCCGGAUGAUGAUGGCGAAAUGAACAAUCUGCAGAUUGCCAUCCACAGGAUCACCCGAGGCCUGGCCUGGUGCCGCAGACAGGUGGUGGAUUUCUUUAAUGGGAACCUGAAACGUCGUCGUCAGAAGCGAAAGGAGGCCAAAGCCAUGAUGAAGCUGAAACGCCUCAGCACCAUCCACACUGAGGCCAACGGAGCUGUCAUAGGCCGUCACGUGGAGAAGUACGUGGUGCCAGAGGACGACAGCUACAUGACGAAUCCCAACCUGACCAUCAGCGUCCCCAUCGCCCCCGGAGAGUCGGAUGUAGAGUUCCCGGAGGAGGAAGAGGACGGGGAGGGAGAGGAGGAGCAGACUGAGGGCUCUGAGGGAGAGGAAGAGGAAGAGGAAGAGAGGGAGGAGCAGAAAGAUGAUAUCAGCCUAUCAGAGGGCAGCACGGUGGACCUGAGGAAGCCUGGAGAGGAAGAGGAUGAGUACUCAGAGACAGCUGAAGAAGCGAUGGACCCUGACAACUGCUUCCCAGACAUGUGCGUUUCCAGGUUUCAGUGCUGUGACAUCGACACCAGCGCAGGUCCCGGUCAGAUGUGGUGGAGGGUGAGGAAGACCUGCUACCAGAUUGUAGAGCACAGCUGGUUCGAGACCUUCAUCAUCUUCAUGAUCCUCCUCAGCUCGGGAGCUCUGGCCUUUGAGGACAUCUACAUCGAGCAGAGGAGGGUGAUCAAGGUGGUGCUGGAGUACGCCGACAAGAUCUUCACCUACAUCUUCAUCCUGGAGAUGUUGCUCAAGUGGCUCGCCUAUGGCUUCAAGAAGUACUUCACCAACUACUGGUGCUGGCUCGACUUCCUCAUCGUCGAUGUCUCAUUGGUCAGUUUGGUAGCCAACACAUUGGGUUAUUCAGACUUAGCAGCCAUCAAAUCCCUGCGGACGCUGCGGGCCCUGCGGCCCCUCAGAGCCCUCUCCAGAUUUGAAGGCAUGAGGGUGGUGGUCAACGCUCUGAUCGGUGCGAUUCCCUCCAUCAUGAACGUGCUGCUGGUCUGUCUCAUCUUCUGGCUCAUCUUCAGCAUCAUGGGCGUCAACCUUUUCGCCGGGAAGUUUGGCCGCUGCGUCAACAGCACGGGUCAAGUCUACGACGCUUCUGCGAUCAACAACAAGUCCCAGUGCGAGGCCAACAACGACACGUCGACCCACUACUGGAGCAAAGUCAAGGUCAACUUUGACAACGUGGGCGCCGGGUACCUGGCUCUGCUACAAGUGGCAACAUUCAAAGGCUGGAUGGAGAUCAUGUAUGCAGCGGUGGACUCAAGAGCUGUGGAGGAACAACCUAUCAAAGAGAUCAAUCUAUAUAUGUACCUGUACUUCGUCAUCUUCAUCAUCUUCGGCUCCUUCUUCACCCUCAACCUGUUCAUCGGCGUCAUCAUCGACAACUUCAACCAGCAGAAGCGAAAGUUAGGAGGACAGGACAUCUUCAUGACUGAGGAGCAGAAGAAGUACUACAACGCCAUGAAGAAACUUGGCUCCAAAAAGCCCCAGAAGCCCAUCCCCCGGCCUCUGAAUUCUCUGCAGGGCUUCUUCUUCGACCUGGUUGGGAAGCAAGCGUUUGACAUCAUCAUCAUGGUGCUGAUCCUCUUCAAUAUGAUCACCAUGAUGGUGGAGACAGAUGAGCAGUCGUCUCAGAUGGAGAGAAUCCUGAACAACAUCAACCUGGCCUUCAUCAUCAUUUUCACCACUGAGUGCCUCAUCAAGAUCAUGGCUCUGCGGUGCUACUUCUUCACCAUUGGCUGGAACAUUUUUGACUUUGUGGUGGUCAUUCUGUCCAUCGUCGGGAUCGUGCUCGCUGAUAUCAUUGAGAAGUACUUUGUGUCACCCACACUGUUCAGAGUGAUCCGACUGGCUCGUAUUGGACGCAUUCUGCGUCUCAUCAGAGGCGCCAAGGGCAUCCGGACAUUACUAUUUGCCCUCAUGAUGUCCCUUCCUGCUCUCUUCAACAUUGGGCUUCUCCUCUUCCUUGUCAUGUUCAUCUACGCCAUCUUCGGUAUGGCCAACUUUGCCUAUGUGAAGCGGCAGGGGGGGAUUGAUGAUAUGUUUAACUUUGAGACGUUUGGGAACAGCAUGAUCUGCUUGUUUCAGAUCACCACCUCUGCAGGCUGGGAUAGCCUGCUCAGCCCCAUUCUCAACAACUCUCCUGAGGAGUGCGAUGCCAACAUCCCCCACACUGGCACCACAGUCAGGGGGAACUGUGGGAACCCGUCAGUGGGCAUCACCUUCUUUGUCACCUACAUCAUCAUCUCCUUCCUCAUUGUGGUAAACAUGUAUAUUGCCAUCAUCCUGGAGAACUUCAGUGUUGCCACUGAGGAGAGCACAGAACCACUCAGCGAGGACGACUUUGAGAUGUUCUAUGAAGUUUGGGAGAAGUUUGACCCAGAAGCCACGCAAUUCAUCGAAUACUCCAAGCUGUCUGAUUUUGCUGACUCGCUGUUAGAGCCACUGCGCAUCGCCAAGCCUAACAAGAUCAAACUGAUCUCCAUGGAUCUGCCCAUGGUGAGUGGGGACAAAAUCCACUGCCUGGACAUCCUGUUUGCCUUCACCAAGCGUGUCCUGGGUGAGUCAGGAGAGAUGGACGCCCUCAAACAGCAGAUGGAGGAGAAGUUUAUGAUGGCCAACCCGUCCAAGAUUUCCUAUGAACCCAUCACAACAACUUUGAGGCGCAAACAGGAAGAAGUCUCUGCCACCAUCAUCCAGAGGUGUUACCGCAGACACCUGGUGAGGCGACAGCUGAAGGCGGCCUCCUACUUGUACCGUCAGAUCACCACACCUCGGCAUGCAGGAGGUGAAGGUGAACAAGGAGGUGAAGUAGCAUUUGGGGAGGAUGCACCUGAGAAAGAAGGGCUGAUUGCCACCAUGAUGAGGGAAAACUAUGGCUCAAGUAUGUUAGGGAUAGAGCGCUCAGAGACGAUUUCCUCCACCUCAUCUCCACCGUCCUAUGACAGUGUGACACGGGCCACAUCCGAAAUCUUUCAACAACUCACUAUCAAGACAGAAACGCCUGGUGACACUGCAGGCAGUGAACAAAGUGAACAAUUGCAAUCAGAAAUCGCCCAAGACCGACGACAGGAAACAGCACCAUAGUAGGAAUAGAAAAGCAAAAAAAUAUCAAAUGAGGAUUUUCUCAUUUGGGGUUGGCCUGUUUAUCCUUUUGUUUACUGAAUGUACCAUAGCUGAGAACGCUGAGGCGGCAGCAGAAAGAAGCUAUGAGGAACUAUGAGGAGCCUGCAAAGUGGAAGAAUUACUACCUUUAAUGUCAUUUCCUGUUCCCUGAAGAGAUUCCUGGACUGCAAAACAAGUGUUCUUGGAGUUUCUGAAAGGGAAGCAAAACAACUGCAAGACAGAGAGGGUGACCCCGUCUGUCAGGUCAACUCUGCCUUUGUUGGAGUAAUGGACAGAACCUCUUCUUGGGUCGACCGAAACCGAGAGUUCAGAACAAUGACUGACCUUUCACCUCAGCUACAGGUGGUCAGAGGGGUCAGAGCAACUAUAUCACAAAUGUAUCCAUCAUUUGUUUGGCCUGGGGAGUUUGUGCCUUCCCACAGUUGAUCAAUAUUCUCAGAGUAUGCUUGGCUGUAAGAGUGAUGGCGGUGUUUCUCGACGCGUUGAGGAUCGAUGGCAUUCAGACUGAGACUCGAGAGAGAAGGGAAAAUAAUGACAACGUGAUUUCAAAACAAUGUUUUCGUAGUAAAAGUACAUUGUUGAUGUUACCAGUCUUUUAAUAGCGGUACAAUUAUUACAAUUUUUUAUAUUUUUUAGAGUAAGUUGAAGAAAACCAAUUAGCGGUAUCUCUUUUGACGUUGGAGUGGCACUAGCUAUGAAAAAGUGGCUGAACUAUCACGUUGUAAUAGAUGAGAGGAGAGGGUGCAGUCAGGAAAAAAAAAAAUCAUGAAAACCUGAAUCUUCAUCUGUUUUUGUUGGCAGUUUUGCGCUUUUGAGUUUACAUGUGCCGUCACUUUCCCACACCUGGACAAAGCCACAGUGGAAGAGCCUGGGACUUCGUUAUUUUUCUUCUGAAAACCUUUGCGAAAACACCAAAAAGUUACACAAGUGCACAAUGAGAUUUUCUACAUGGUCCCAAACUCUCCUAACAUGUGCCUUUGUCCAGUGCUGAACACCCUCAUACUUGUCCGUUUGUUGGCUUGUGGGUGAUUUGUCUAAAAGUUAUAUUAAAUAUUCCAGCUUCACUUCCCAAUAACCUGUUACCAUACUGUGUGGGGAGAAAAUGGAAGCUUACUGGCUUUCACUGAUUGAUGACACAUGAUUUAGGAAUAAGAUUUAUGGAAUGCUUUGAAAAACAUCUGCUGGGGGAAAAUAUGAGGUCUGUCGACUGGAAAAAAUAGGUAAGAGCAUGGGUGAAUUUACCCUUUUUUAUAUUGUUCAGUUUAGUAAAAGCGUCAGACUCCUGGUUUAACACUAGCCUAGCACAAAUUAAAACAGGUUUAAGCAUGCAGAAAACCACCAGUCUUUGCAUUUUAGUAACUGAACAAAGACAUGUAAAAAUAAUAAUGAUGAUAAUAAUAGUAGAAGUAGUUUAUAUAGCAUUUUUCCUAACAAAGUAACAAAGCGCUUUAUAGAAAGAAGUAAAAAGGGAAUUACAAACAUCUAAAAGAACAAAGACAUAAAAAAAAAAAAAAAAAAGACCGCAGGUCAGAAGAAAAAGAUCAACUCAAAAGGAAGUAAGACAGCAAUAACAAGCGGAGAAUACCGAUCUUCAUGCAGGACUCUUGUUAGACUCUUUUAAUGCCAUGAAUGCCUUUUUUUUCUUUUUUUUCCUGAGGGCAUUUAAUGUCUGUACAAACUAAACACCAUCAACUUUUAGGACAAAUCACCUGCUGUCAUUCAGCCUCUGUCUGGUCUGACUUCGGCUCGGCACGAACGGGUUUAAGGUCCUUGAGGUGUCAGCCGGCCCUGACCACAGAGUAACAAUCAGCUCAGCACAUUUGCAUCAGGAUUUCUCCCAUUUACUUUUGUGAAACGCUGAAAAGGCCACGCUGACCCUUGUGACGAGCUGUUUGACUCGUCAUCAGUGUCCUGGAAAAACCUCAUCUGGAAUAUGAAAACAAACUGAUGCCAAAGACAUCGGCCUGUCCACUGGCUCCUGCUGCACAAGGGGAACUGAAACACUGUUUUUGCUCCAGAAUUUCAGCAUAUUCUUCCAGCCUGGCUCAGUUUCCAGUCUGAAAUAGGUUGCAGUUCAUUCAGAGAUGCAGCAGAGGGGACUGGCAAGAUAGUCCUUAGUGAAAAUGGUGAAUUAUUUCUGCUUCCAGACAAAAACAUUUAUUUUAGUUUUCACAAAUGCAGCAUCAAUAUGUCUGAAAAUGAAACAAAACUACACAUAUGUUACUCAACACUAGCAUGCUGCUAAUGGGUGCUCGUUGGUUCCUUAAGCAUUUAGGAGGAACUCCAUCCGACAUUAAAACCCAACAGAAACAUCCACAUGUGCAGAAGAAGCAAAUGGAUGAUGUAUCUACUGUUUCAAACCCUUCUAUCAAAAACAUGAUGAAAAAUGUUUACCCUGGAAAAUUUACAUAGACCCCCCCAUUCAUUCUGGACAAGCUCAAGAGCGCCCCCUACAGAACAGGAAGUCCACAAAGUGGGAGAUUUCAUUAUAUUAGAGGUUCUCUGUAUUAUCCUAAAACAGCUGGAUACAGCUGCCAACAGAUGUGGACAUAAUGCAUUUGACUGUUUUCAGUGGUUUCAGGUUUAUCCAGGACACUAAAAACUUCCCUGCUCCAUGUUUCCUAAAUGAUCUGUAGAGUUUAUUUUCCGAGAUAAAUUGGUGAAUUCUGACUCCUACUUGGAAGUUCAGUUUUUACUGAAAAUAUUAAAUAAUUUAUUCAAGCUUAGUGAUGAAGUAGGUGUGCCCAUUUUUCUAGGUGCAGAUUUUAUAUUCGGCACAUUGAAGACUUUGCUGAUGUCUUCAAACCAAACACCGCGUCGCUUAUUUAUUUAUUUAUUUAUUCACUGACUCUUUGGAAGAUUUUCAGGUGAAUUGCUUUAUUUUUAUUUUACUGAUCUUUUGUUAUGAUAAUUAUUUUUGCAUGUUCUGGCUGGAGGAGACGAGGCCGAGCGAGACGGCUCUUUAUCUAUUUUGCACAGAGAAACAAACUAAAGAAAAUAACAGACAAACCACGUGGAGCAAUAACGGUUUGCAGAUACCUUUGAUAUGAAUUCUUCGGUAACGCUUGGCUUUACAGACACUUCCUGUCAUUGUAUGAGUCUGUGGAUUGAAAGGAAAAUGCCACAUUAACAUUUUGAGCAUUUGGUGAAAUCUGGUCUGCCGGAUGCAGCACUGACGGUGUUCCUGCGGAAUUACAGACACACGGGUGCGUACACUGGCACGAAGCCGGCAUGAAGCAGCGUUCCCAUCUGUUUUUAUUAAGAUGAAGUGUCAAAGUGUGAGUGUAGAGCAUUCGUUCAGUCCACUUCAACAACCUCUCUCUCUCUGUCUCUGUCAUUGUGGUCACCUGAGGGAUCUUUACUAAAUGCUUUACUAGACUAAUUUUAAAAAGGAAAAAAAGUAGAAAAAAAAACAAUUUUACUGGCACCGUCUGGACUCUAUUUCUAUUAGAUUCUAUUGAGAAUAGAUAAUGAUAUAAACUAGGUAAAUACUAAUACACUGCUGAACUCUGCUGCAAGGCGUAUUUCAGGUUGCAGUUGUGCUGAAGGGCUGUUUUCAGUAGCAAUAGACCCAGAGUGUGCCUGCUACACAUGAACCCCAACACUCCAAGCCAUGCUUUACUAUUGGUUGAUUGAUGAUGUGCUUGAUUGAUUGAUGAGCCAGGUGAUUUUUCUGAUUUCUUCACUGGUUUAACAUUUGGUUGGUUGAUGAAUUGAUUCUUAUGGUUUUUGAUAAUUAACACAGUUCACAGUCCCCUCCCCUCCAUCACCGCUGUGACUCUUCCUCGUAACUUACGAACAAACAACACAGACAGCUAAAAGGCCGACGACACUUUCAAACUGUCAAAAAGGUCCAGAUUCACUAACCUCUGCAGGGAAAGAGGUGCACUUUUAUCAGGAGACUCAUAAAACAAAUGGAGGCCUAAUGGAGACAAACCAUUCACAAUCAGUCAGUUUUGUACAGCUGAAUAAGAAAACAUCCAGCUAAAUGUGUAAUUCCCAUAAACUGUAUAUAAAAGAUGGACAUAGCCAUCAUGACAUCAGCUAUUGGAUUGGCAAGUCCCAUUUUUCAGGUUUCAAUUAGGAAGGUUUGCCCAUCCUGGGUUGUUGAAACCAGAUGUCACAACCAAGAUCUCACAAGUUAGGCCCUCCAUGAACUGCUUUAUCCUGCUGUUUGAGUGGCAGGACCAUAACUGACCAAAUGUUUUAUUCAAUAAGACUGGAAACUAGCGACUGAGACCACAAAUACAUCAGGAAACUGUCAUCCAGUUGCCACACUGAAAACCUCCUUGUGAUUGCUUUGGUGGCCAGCAGACUGGCACUGUCACUUGUAGUUUGUAUGGAAUACACCAACUCCUGCAAACACUCACUGAGCAGUGCUGAAACCUGAAAAACUGCAACAUGGACCGAGACUACCUGUGACAGUCUGCAAGCAAUCAAAGCAAUCACAUUGCUCUUUGCAACUGAUUUCACUAAGCAACUCUUAGCAACCUCUAGCAACUACUUGCCAACCAUUUGAGGAAUGCACAUCUUCCCCUAACAACCUGUGGUUCCCAGGGGAUUGCUGGCUGGUCUCUAAGCCUAGGUUUUUGAAAGCAGACAUUAUGAGCAUGAUAGGCUCUAAUUUAUUGUUCUUUUUGGCUCCAAUACCACCAUCAUUUAUAAGAUGAGAAAAUAUCUCAUCCACUUACUUGUGUUGAGACCUUUUUUGUAGAAAAGGACAUUGAGGAAAUGAUCAAAGAGCACAGGUAUGGGCAUCAGAUAAGUUAGAUUUCAAACAUAGUUUUAAAAAUGUUUCAAACCUGAACUAAAGCUAUAAACAGAAGGCAGAGCAACAGUGGCUGUGACUUUACAUUUAAAACAUCAAUGCUUCAGAAAUGAAGUUGCACUCUGUGUAGUGAGACAGUGUAACUGUUACUUAACCAGGUGAGUCAUUAAAGACACAUUCAUUAAAGGCAGAGCCUCCGCAGUAAAUGCCGCUUAAAGAUGGAAGUUUCAGUUCAAACUGAGGGUAAUUACAAAAAGUGCAUUUAAUGGUUUCCACAUGGUCAUUAAAAGAAGAUUCAUUACUAAAACAGGAGGCUGGCACCUUUUUCUCUGCUUUGAGAAGCUUUUUGAAAGGUUAAACCUUCAGGUCCUGUUAGGAGUGUGGCAGCCUACAGCUGCAGGGUCAUUUUACUGCAGGUGACCAAUGGGGAAACUUGGUAGCUCAUUCUGACAUAUCUGUCAUAUCAAACUGAUAUUCAGUGUUUGCUGCAGUGAAAAAAAUGCAGAAACUUCUCUCAGAGGGUCACUUCAGUGAAUCUGGACCUCAGACCGAGCACAAAAACACACUGAGACACUGCGAUCAUUGGGACAGUCAGCUACUCCACAGCUCAGAGGGCUGUUCACCUGAAACAAACAACAAAGACCAGCUUCAGCUCUCGGUCCCUGAGCACGCUGUACAAGGGAAGAUCUUCUAAAUAACCUCCAGAAUCUUUGAGCAGGAAGAAAAACUUUGCCUCCUCUGAUAUGAUAAACUUUCCAAAAUCUGAGCAAAUUCAACUCUUAUUUUGGAGGGGGAAACACCAUCUUGGUGCUAUGGAGGCAUUUGGAAGAGUCCAUUUUGUGACCGGAGGGGGGGUGUUUAAAACACAGGCUGAGAAUCUCUGCUCCUUUCUGCCUUCUUUCCAGUUUUCAAACAGAGGAAAGAAGGCAGGAAAAAUAAUAAAAGGACAAACACCCACAUGGAGGAAAUGCACAGAAACGAGAGGUUUCAUUCUUCACUAUUAUUACUAUUCUUACUAUUAUCUGUGUGAUAAAUGCAAUACAACAGUUGUGUAAACAGGCAGUGAGUGAUGCUGUAUCUUAUUUACAGUAUGAGGUUAAUAACGGUGAUGUUUUUGAUUUUUUUCCAUGAUUUUUCCCGUCGUCAUGGGUUUGGUUUCCCCAGGCAUCCUCUCACUGCUUAAACCACAGUCGUCCCAUUUACACCGUCACUGGUUUCACAGCAGGUAGCAAACCGGUUUAGCCAGAAUUCCAGUGUCAUAUCAGUCCCAAAGAAACCUCAUAUCUCAAGAAAGUUGCCUUUUUGUUAGGAAAGGGGGGAGUUUGAAUAUUUCCCUUCCUGACACCUCAUGAAUCGUCAUUUGUUCCUGAUGAGAAAAUGGGAGCAUUUCUUUUAUCAGCAAAAUGGUACAAAAUGAGGCCACAAAUUGAAGAAGAUAGAAAAUCUGCUUCACUAAGUUGAUGAUAAGAGGUUUCUUGAUACAAGUAGUUUUAGUGCUUCUGCUGGAAAAUGUUAAACAUUAUAGUUGGACGGGGAAAACCUUGUAACUCUUGAAAUUUAAGGCUCAGAUAAUUAUGGAAAUUCAGAAAUUACAAACUAAUGAGCACAACUUUAAAAGUCCAAAUUGGAACGGUGUCUGUCUCAGUUGUGUCGGUUCUUAAAAACAUUAUAAGGUUUUCCUCUGACCUGAGCGGUGCUUGCGGUGAAACCUCGGUGUAAAGGAGGCGAACGCCGUGCCUCAGUGACCCCACCCCGGUGUUUUAGAGACAAUAAUAUUUACAAUUAUAAUAUGAAUAUAUAUAUAAAUAAAUAUAUAUAUAUAUAUAUACUUUUUAGUACUUUGAGUUGAAAUACUUUUUAGUAUUUUGCAAAUAAAUGUCUCUGUAUAUAAAA